UGUAAUAUUGUCAUAUUGAACAUUUUAAUAUGCAUAAAACACAUUAAUCUAGUACAUAAUGAUUGGGUAAAAUUUUUAAUUACAAAUACAUCAAAUUUGUAAUCUAGUAUAAAGUCAUUCAAUUUUAUUAAUGAUAUUGUGUUACUCAAGUGAUAUGCCUCACCACUAAAUAAUUUAUCUAGUCAUACGCCUAUAUCUAAAUAUCUAUGGUUUAACACACGUAUAAAAAACAAAAACCUAUGCCAUAAUCUAAUUGGUCAUUUAAUACUUUUACGUGUAUCGGCUUAUUUGACUUUGACUUUUGGACUAUCAAAUAUUUUCUUCAGGCAAAGUUUAAAAAAAUUUUACAACCAUGCUCGAAGUUUUUGAGUUGCAAUGUUUUAUUCAAAAUUAUUUGUGGGGGAAAAAAGGUUUUGCUAGUGAAGUCAGUCGUCUGAGUUUAGCUGGCAAACAUAUAGAUUUUAUAGAUGAAAAACAAUUCUAUGCUGAAUUGUGGAUGGGCGCUCUUCAUAAAAGCCCUUCGUUGAUAAAAAGCUCUGGGCAGAAAUUGAGUGACUGGAUAAAGAGCAACAGUGAAGUGUUGGGUGAAAAAUCUAGAUUAAAAUUUGGCGAUCAAUUACCAUUUUUAAUGAAAGUAUUGUCCAUAAACUCAGCCCUUUCUAUCCAAGUGCAUCCAUCUAAGGAUUUUGCUGAAGAACUACAUAUACAAUAUCCUGAAAUUUAUCAAGAUUCUAAUCAUAAACCAGAAAUGGCUAUUGCACUAAGUAACUUUGAAGGACUUUGUGGUUUCCGCCCAUACUCAGAAAUUAAAUUUUUUCUGGAAGAAAUACCAGAAUUUCAAUUAAUUGUUGGACAUGACCUGAUUAAUCAAUUUAAAAAAGAUACUACUGAUUCACAACAUUUGCUCAAGGACAUAUUUUACAGAUUACUGACAUCUGAAAAAGGAAUUAUUAGCCAAAAUCUUAACAGUCAUAAAAAAAAAUUGGAAUCGCUAUGUGAUGAUAAAAAAAAUGUAUUUUUAGCAAAACUAUUUAAUCAACUUGAUUGUUGGUUUCCAAAUGAUGUUGGAUGUUUCUGCAUAUAUUUUUUAAAUUACAUUCAACUCUCACCAGGUCAAGCAAUAUAUUUAGGAGCUAAUGAACCUCAUGCUUAUAUUUACGGUGAUUGUGUUGAAUGUAUGGCUUGUUCUGAUAAUGUGGUAAGAGCUGGAUUGACACCAAAAUAUAUUGAUGUAGACACACUAUGUAGGUUACUAAAUUUUAAUGGAGCACCUGCUGAAUCCAAGUUGUUUUGUGGAGUUAAAGAAAACUCUUAUACAACACUCUUUAGACCUCCUGUUCCAGAUUUUGCAAUGGCUUGCAUUAAAGUUCCUGCAGAUGAAAUUUAUGAAUUAUUGAAAAGAGAUGUUGCUUCUAUAAUUAUUGUUAUCCAUGGUCAAGGCAAAAUAAGUGCUCCACAAGAGUUGAUACUAUCACCAGGAAAAGUUUUCAUGAUCCCAGCUAAUGUCGUAAUUCAAAUACACGUAGGAUUUGAGUCUUUAGAAUUAUAUCAAGCGUUUGUAAAUUUAUGAAUCAAAUUUUAAAUAGGUAGUAAAAUUAAUUGUUCUAUUCAAUUUAUCCUAGACAUUUUUAA